AUGGAGCCGGGCACUCCUAAGAAACCCGAAACACUGAAAAAGGUGGGUGCUGCAACAGCGAUAGGAUCUGCGAGCGUUGGCUCCGCCUGUGCUGGCACCAGUUCGGGGGCUAUCCCGAAAGGGCCCCAUCCCAAAUUGGGGGUGAAAGUUGGAAGACAGUCGGCCGCCAGCACCUCUGCAAAGUGCGCGUCGGCACCAAAAACUGCAGAAGGUGCGGCUAAGUCUGUCGCUCCACCGACCGAGCAAAUCAAUUUUACGUAUGCGGAGAAGCGGACUGCCGCGCAGACACUCCGAUCACAUAACAGGAGCAAGAUCGCCAACCCCUCAGCCGAAUGGUUAAAGAAGGUGGAGUGGGCGAGAAUGGUGCUCCCAAAUUAUGGCCAAGAGAGGCAAAGAUCUCUUGAAUUGCCUGGACCUGCGGCAAAUAGAUCGAAGGUCCAACCAAACCUGUAUUUUGCGGACAUAACGCGGGACAGGAUUUUAAUUGGGCUGGUGGACGAGGGAAAUUUUAGAGGCCGGAUCCCCAAAAGUCAGUGGAAGGCAGUUGAGGAGAAGCUGGCCAUCUUGUGCAUGGCACUGCUCCGAGACUUCCUCCAGCCAACACCAUGCUGCAAGGACGCGGGGUGGUUUCAAGACAGCGUCAAGGUGGCCUGCGAUAGUCAGCGGUCGGCUGACCUAUAUAAGAAGGAGACAGCGCAGCUCGGCGAGGUGUACAGAGGGGCGAAAAUCGUCCCGCUGGAUUGGCGUGACGUCCCCAGUAGUCCCCGAGCGAGGAUCUGGCUGUCGUCCUCCAUAAAGACGCCAGAAGACAUCCUCUUCAUGUUGCAGAAGUGCAACCCAAACCUCCCCACGCAUGACUGGAAUAGAUAA